ACGACUCAUAAUAUCGCGUGUAAAUAAGAAUCUGCGUAGAACGUAUUGGAGAGAAUGGAAGAUGUCUUUGCCAAAUCAAAUGUUUGACUGUAUAAAAACAAAUAAUUUGACAAAAGAUGAACUAAAUCGAAUAACUGACGAUGUAAAUAAAGCUUUAAUUGACCCAAAAGGCAAUGAACUUUUUGAAAGCUAUCUUUCUCAGUUCAAUUUUUUGGAUGGUUCAGUAAAUUUGAGGUUGUACAACACCUGUUCAAAGAUCCUGAAUGAAAAGCAGAGAUCGAGUCAAAGCAAUUUAUCAGGAGAAUCAUUGGAAUCACUUAUUACUAAAGUAAAAAUGAUAAAAGAAACUAUCGAAGAAGAAGAUAUAACUGCAAUAGAUUUUUGUGUUAUGACAGACUUGAACAAAGCCUUGGAGGCAGAAAACAAAGAAAAAUUACUCGGCGUAUUAGAAAGGAUCAAAGAAGAAUGUCAAAAUAAUCUACGAGAUUUGCAUCAAAAUUUUAGGCGGCACAUCUUGGAAAAAUAACGUUUAAAAUUUUUUUAAAAUAUUAACUUAAAAUUUUUACAUUUUUAUAUUUUCUUUUUUUCUUUUUUGCAUUUGUGCGUUGCAUUACGAAGAUCCUUCAUAUUUGUUCCUGCAUAAUUUAUUUUUACACGUGCAGUUUACAUACUGUACAAUGUACUUAUUAUCCCAAAGUACUUAAUAUAAUAGCUCUGGUAUUAUAAAAGUAAAGUUAAAGUAAGAAUAUACUU